GCUCCGGUCCGUCUCGCUCCCGUCUGGAUCUCUACCGUGGAUGAGGAUGAGGAAGACGCCUUUAACUUCCUGAAUUCGUCACCUCUGAGCGGAGUAAAACUCUAGGCUGGUCCUGAUCCUGCGCGCGUUUCACGGAGAUGAUGAUGAUGAUGAUGAUGAUGAUAAGGUGUCUCACUCGACAUGUCGUCAUGCGCCCCGGUGGCGCUGCCGAGUAGCGGGGAGUCACUGUGCCAGGUCCGGACACGCAGUGACAAAGUUGCGCUCGAGAGUGUUGUGUGGGACAUGGGAGCACGUCUGGGCUGUGUGGGAUACGCUGGUGAAGGAUCGGCGUCCUGAGCGGAGAGCUGUUUGUUGGAGUCGGGAGAAGCAGGGUGCGUCGCACCGGCGCCAUGCGCACCGAGCACAGCUUCGUGUUGCUGCUCCUCAACGGGACGGCGUGCCUGUUGGUUUUGGCACAGGAAGAUCGCCGCUCCUCUUCACUGAGUCCUAAAUCCUCCCCUCUUGCCGAACCAUCGAAGACUCUGAGUGUCCUGGGUGGCCAGGGCUCCGUUUCCCCCCUCAGCCGGUGGGUGCUGCACAGCCGCAGUCGAGCAGCCAAUGCUUCAGCGCUAGAGCUACCCUACCGCUCACCUGUACCCUUCUCCAAACAAGAAUUUUGGGAGAUGCUGGGCAGUGACCUCCUCAAGCCUGAUACCAGUUCUGAUGACGAUGCCUCAGCAAGCUCUCGUGUCAAGCGCCGUCCCAUUGUCAAGACAGGCAAGUUUAAAAAGAUGUUUGGUUGGGGUGACUUCUACUCCAACAUCAAGACGGUGCGUCUCAACCUGCUCAUCACCGGCAAGAUCGUGGACCACGGUAAUGGGACGUUCAGCGUCUACUUCCGCCACAAUUCCACAGGCCAGGGAAACAUCUCUGUCAGCCUGGUACCACCCGUGAAGGCAGUGGAAUUCGACUUGGAGCGCCAGAGUGUGGUCUACCCUAAGGACUCGAAGAUCUUUAACUGCCGCGUGGAUUACGAGAAGGUGGACCGCAGCAAGCGCACCUCACUGUGCAACUAUGACCCAUCCAAGACCUGCUUCCAGGAGCAGACCCAGAGCCACGUAUCCUGGAUCUGCUCCAAGCCCUUCAAGGUCAUCUGCAUCUACAUCUCCUUCUACAGCACAGACUACCGGCUAGUGCAGAAGGUCUGUCCGGACUACAACUACCACAACGAGAUGCCCUACCUUCCCUCUGGAUAGAAAGGAAUGGGGACAGGAAGCAGAAAGACAGGGAUGGGGUUCGAGAAGAAGUGAGAUUCAGUACAACCAAGGAGGAAGGGAUAAGGAGAAAAGAGCAUGAAUGAAUAAAGAGAUUGAAAGUGUUGACGUGGGAGGUGUGGGUAUAUUUUAAGUUGUAUAAAAGCUUUCUUCAGGGUGUAUAAGGGACCAUUUAGGAAAAUCCUACCUGUUUGGAAAAGACCUCUUUGCAAACUGAGCAUUUUUCCAUGGAUUGUGUUUGAUCAUCUGUAAUAUUCCUAAGGUGAAUGUAAGGCAUUUUGCUCCUGUGAUAAAUGUCUUCAAAGAAACUCUAUGAGAAAAAAAAAAACCCUGACAAAUCUGACUGCAAAGCUCAACAUAUGCAAAUCAACCUCUCUAGUGCAGGUACUGUAUGUGAGUGAGAGCAAGAGCACACUAACAUGAGGCUUUGGUGACAGGCAACCCCCACCGGUGUGCUUUUUAUGCAUCAUCGGGCGUACAUCAGGGCAAGGUGACAUACAUAUCUGAGAAAUCAUAAAACAAAGAACAAUUACUAUGUUGAUUUCAAUACGCCUACUAUGCAGAUGCUAGGGGUGGUGGUUCAGGUUCCUGAGGACAAAAGAAGUCUACAGUAUAUUUUCAGAGCAUAAUUCAGGUUGAACUCUCCAGAACAGCCAACAACCACAUACACCCAUGACCUCUGGGUAAGUUUUCUCGAAGGAAAAGAGAAAGAAGGAAAGAAACGAUUAAGUGAAUAAUGCAAAGAAAGGUGAAAGAGCGAAGAGGCUAAAGUGAGAGAGGGUUUAGGACGCUUUUUAAUUAAAAGUGAAAUAGAGAGAGAUGUUGAGUAUGAAUUGCCGCAUCCGCUCAAUUGUUCUAGCCAUAUGAGACGGGGGAAAAAGAUUACAUUUUGUUGCUGACAGGACUCCUGAUUUCUCAGCAUGAUAAGUUACCCACUGAAUGCAAGAUUGCUCUAUUCUUUUCUGCUAGAGUCAGCCUGUAAUCUGUGAUUAAAAAGCAGAAUACUAUGCAUAAUUUAAGACUUAUUUAAAGACAUCGUUAAAUGGAUUGGAUAGAUUCAGAUAUUCAUUCGCCCUGGAAAAUCUUGUGACAGGCCAAAUUACUGCAUUAGACGAAUCGGCAGGCAGCUUGACCUUCAACAGCUUUGCGAUUUAAUAACCAGUUCUGGUUAAAAAGAUGUUGUCAUAAACAGAUUAGCUUUAAUAGCGGGUGAGGAGGUCAGAAGGAUGACAGCAAAAUGGACAGACAUGCUGUAGUGACGUGAAAUGCAUUCGUGACGGUCAGGACAUUGACAUAUAGUAAAGAUUGGAAAGUUCGCCAAGAGGGUUGUUAUAACACCAAGUAAUCACGUGGAUGAAUUACAAUAUCGUUCCGAAAAGCAUUAUGCUAUUUCACGCAAUGGAAGGUAUUAAAAAUACAGAAGAAUCUUUUUAGGGUUUUAUAACCAAAAGCAUAUCUUGCCUAAAGAGAAACCUAGCAUGGUGUAUCCCCCUCAGGCCUGCACAUUAGCAUUGAUAUAAACGCAGAAGCAUCCCAAACUUUACAACUAUUUAUACUCAGCUAUGAAGCCCCGUUCGCAUUUCAUUAAUCUCACUCUACCUCCUCUUCCUUCCUACACAGCCUCAUUAGGAACUGCUCAUUGAGCCAUUUUUCAAAUGUUCUCUUUGAGCGCUUAAAAAAAUGAACUCACUCAAAUAUAAUACCAGUUUUACUACAGCAUAAAGUAAAGUCAGGUCAUUUCUACAUCAUAACCCAGACACAUGUGCAGAGCUACAGUGUAGACACUAGGCCUGAUGGUCUGUGCUGCUCUGCUCCUGAGCUGUGCUGUGGUUGAGUUUAGCAUCCCGCAUCUUUACACACUAAUCCCAUCCAGUUAAAAUACUUGCUAAUCUCAGUAUGCAGUAUAACUCGACUCGGUUUAACUAGACUGUCAUAUAUUCCAGUUUCCAGAGAAAGAUUGUUCCUCCAGUGCUCGUGCAUAAGUUCUGCCCUCAAACCCAUGGAUGUGCAUUGCCAAGGCAGCAACCCUUUCCCCUCUCCAGUGCACAAACACAAACAGCCGUUAAUUCGCUGCAGUGUAACUAUCUCCAUUUCAACCACGCUCUAAUCUCCUCCAGUUUAAUUAUAUGCUAAUGUCCUUCAAUUUAACUACAUCCUAAGCUCCUUCAGUUUAACUAUAUACUGAUCUCCUGCAGUUUAAUUACAUUCCAUCUCAUUCAUCUUAACUACAUUGCUAAUCCCUUACAGUGUAAUUACACACUAAUCUUCUACAGUGAAACUGCAGUCUAAUCUCAGUUCAAUAACAAUACAACCUUCUCCAGUUUAAUACACACUAAUGUUAUUUCGUUUAAUUACAUUCUAAUUUCCUCCAGUUUAAGUACGUGUUAUUUCCCGCCAGUGCAACCGCGAGUAAACCCAUCCAGUUUAAUUACGUCUAAUCUUCUCCUGUAUCAUUACAUGCUAAUCUUUUUUUAGUUUAACUACUGUAUGUUCUAAUCUGCUCCAGUGUAACUACACAGUGUAAAACAAAACAAAAAAAAGAGGUACAAUGCGACAUGCUCAUCGGUUUAUUUUACUUUGCUCAGAUUUUCACACAGACAGAAUUGGUUCUCAUGCACUUUUUGGAAACCAAAAGCAUAUGCUUUGUAAUAAUUAGGAUUUGAACCCAUAUUUUUUUAAAUCCCUAAAUGUAAUAAAAAA